AAGCCCUGUACAAUAACGUGUUAAACGUUUUGGGCAAAUUUCUCAAGUGUCUUCGCAUGCAUGUGCUCAUAUACUUGUGGUCCUUCCAGGCACGGGGAAGUCAAAAACUCCGUAAUAAUUUAAUGUUGAGUUAGAACUUACUGUCCUCUUAUCAGUAACAAUUGCUGUGAGUUAAUUUUAUAUAGGAAUGGACACCCCACCACACAAAAUGCCCGGGGACAUUGUACAGAGUACAGAAGAAAGUAAAAGUUACCAGGAUUCAGGAAAUGACAAAGGCUUGGAGGCCAUGGACUGCAAGACAGAACAAAAUAACAAUAAAAAUAACAGCAAACAAAAGAGUAAGAGACCGAGCCUCAGGGACCAACUGCUGCAAGGGUCAGAGUCUUCCUCCUUCCAGUCACCUGCCACGCAAAAGGUUAAGUCUAGGGAGGGAGAGGAAUGCGGUCAGGAUGGAGAGUUACACGAGGAACAAGAGAAAAGAACACGCAGCCAGAGAAAGAGAAAGUACCAGAACUUUAGUCAUUACUUAGACGAGAGCGAUGCCCUGGACCUCAGUGGCGACUCGAGUUCUCAAGAGUACAAGCCCUCUGAAGAUGAGGAAAGUGACAGCACAAAGAAAAGGAAGAGGAUGUCAGGUACAAAGACAAACAUCAUGACAUCUAAGGGCAAAGCAGACAGCAAUCACAAACCAGUGAAGAGAUCCAAGAAAACCAAAGUGGCGACAUUACACAACUCUUGCUCGACAAACACUUUGGACAUGCCAGAUAUCUUUAACGAACACUUGGACUCCCCACCUGCAAAAAAAUCCAGGAAAAAGAAGACUACAAUGAUUUCAGCCAAGAGAAAGAUAGCAGUGAGUGACCAAGAAGAUUCAGACGCAGCAAAUGACCCUGCUGAAGAGGAGGACGAGUCCAGAGUCACAAAUAAUUGCAAGAAGAGUGAAACAAAGGUUUCAAAUAAAAAUUCUAGAUAUGGUCAGCCAUACUCAAUUACAGGGAGUUGGUACAUUGCUUCAGGCUAUCUAGAGGACCUGCUGGAGCUUCUGCAGCAGUUUGAGAAUGAGAAAAGCUCGAGAUUUUCAGCGUUUUCUUCUUGCUGGAGAGAAAUGAAGUUUUCUCUCAUAUAUAGAGGCCGUCAAAGUUUCAAGGAAUUGUUAGAGUUCUCAGAAGAAGUUGCAGAUAUCACUAAAAGGUUCCUGACCCCUACCCACAGCUUGAAGAUGAGAGUGGGAGCUCUUUAUACCUUGUAUGGCCUUUACUAUAAGCAUCCUAUAAGGCAUUUCUUCAAGAUUCGCAUCGUAAAGGAGGAAUACUACCACCUAAUGGAGUUGGUCGAGCCCUUCCGCUACAAGGCAGAAAAUCCCGAUCCUGCAAUUUUAUUCCGCACUUUGGAGACAGAUGGUGCUUUUUACCACACUGCAACUACACAGGAAAUGUGUUUGGACUUCCACUCUGCCGAACGGGAGGAAGUGGGCCUUAAGUAUGAGUUGCAGCGCAUUGCCACAACGUCUGCAGUUAGCCUAACCAUGCCCAUAGAUGUUCUUGAUGCAGAUGAAGCUCUGAUGCAGCAUUAUGAUAAGCUCAAGGCUACUGUUUUAAAUACAACUUAUCCACCACUACCAGCGGAGGAAAAGUCAGUCACGUCGGAGGUAAAAGAUGCCGUUUUGAAGUUGAAUGAGGAUCUCUUAGUUGCUGUGGGAAUUAAGGACCGCUUCGAAAGUACAAGUGAAGCUCAACAGACAAGCUGGCUGUCUGAUAUAGGACGACGACGAUCUGAAGUCCGAAACAAAGCUGUCAGCUCAUCCACAGCAGAUGGGUAUGUAAAGAGCCGGGGACUCCUAGCCAAAGAAAAUUGUAACUCCAACCUGAUAUUGAAGGGAGGCAAAAUACAGCCCCUUAAAGACCAUAAGACACUAACCACUAACCCUAACAGAGGAAGGGGUCACUGA